AUGAAAGUUGCAUAUCUACAGUUCCUUUUUUUGAACAUAUCGCUGGUUAAGGCUGUGCUGCAGCAAUCUGAUUUCACGCUGAGAAACGAUUCGUAUUGGGAAGAAUUUGAAGGAUACGUGGAUACAAAGCAUCUAAACGAGAAGUGGAUCACCAGUGGUGCUACCAAUGAGAAAGGUGCUAAAAUUUAUGGUGCGCAAUGGCGAAUCUCGCAGGGUCCAUUGCAGGGGUCUCUCCCAAAUAAAGGACUCGUUGUUCGUACAAAUAAUGCAGCAGCUAUGAUAGGACACGUCUUGGAGACUCCUGUGAAUGUCUCGGAUACGGAUACUUUAGUUGUUCAGUACGAAAUAAAGGUGGAAAAUUCUUUGACAUGCGGCGGUGCGUUCAUUAAAUUGGUAUCUAGUUUAGUGGAUACAGAUGCAUUAAAGAGUUAUUCUCCAGGUAAAGAAGGCGUAGAAUUAGUGUUUGGUCCGGAUUACUGUGUUCCAGACACCAACGGUGUGCAAUUUGCUAUCAAUAAGGUUCACAAAAUCACACAUCAAUCAGAGUUGAAAUACUUACAAGAGGCACCUUUAUCGAGAUUGACUGAUAAUUCACAAUCACAUUUGUAUACGCUAAUAAUAGACGAAUCUACUCAGUCUUUGCAAAUCCUUAUUGAUGGUAAAAUCGCCAUGGCAAGAGAACGUAUUAAAGACACGUCAAAGGAUCUUUUUAAGCCACCCAUUUCACCACUUUUGGUUGUUCCUAAUGUUUCGGUAACGAAGCCCAAUGAUUGGGAUGACCGCAUUUGGAUCGCGGAUCCUGCUUUAGUAAAACCUGAUGAUUGGAACGAACACGAACCGCUAAUGAUUCCGGAUCCAAACGACGCAAAACCAUUGGAAUGGGAUGAAUCUAUUUCUAAAUAUAUACUCGAUCCUGAGGCUAAGAAACCCCAUUGGUGGGAAGAGGCUGAGCAUGGCGAAUGGAUCCCACCCAUGGUAAAAAAUCCCCUCUGUGAUAUAGAACAUGGCUGUGGUCAGUGGAAGUCAAGACUAAUAAAGAACCCCAAAUACAACGGUCCCUGGGAACCUAACCAAGUCAUAAAUCCCAAUUACAUGGGAGAAUGGCAACCGCCAGAGAUUGAAAACCCACUGUACUACGAAGAGAAGCAUCCAUUACGAAUCGAAAAUCCAAUCAACGGUAUAAUUUUCGAAUUUUGGAGCGGAUCUCCUAACAUGAUGAUAAGUAACAUUUAUUUGGGUAAAAACGUAACGGAGGCGCAAAUCAUUGGAAAUAAGACAUGGGUCAUGAGAAAUCGUGCCUCAAGGCGUCUCGACGAUUCUUCAGAGCGCAAGUUCAUGAACACUAGAUUAGGUGGUCUACAAGAUACUCUUCACAGCGAAACGGUGUCCUUCAAUUUUUUCGAUCGCAUCAUCGACUGCAUUCUGGAAUCUCCAAAAUCAGUACUUACUAUCGCCGUCGUUCUCCUUGCGACGCUGUCUUUUUGGUAUAUAAUUCUUAUAUAG